AACUCUGACAUUAAGGAGGGUGGUUUCAGAUAAUCGACAAUUUAAAAAAGGUUUUAUUGAAAAACAACAAAAAAAUAAUUUAUUUACUAACACAAAUGAUUUGCUAUAUGCUUUGGGUUUUGGCCGCCUCUAACUUAAAACAUUAAAAGAAAGGGAUUAAGGUAUAAAAACAAUUGGUCAGAAAAUCUAUAUUCAUUUUUAAAUAAAUUUAACUGAUUCAUAGGGUAGACUUUGGGUAAGGAUAACUACAUACUUAAUGCCCUUAAGGCAGCUCACUUUUCAUUUGAGAUAUCUGAUAGCAGCGCUAGGGGAUGGAUAUUUUUGAAUGGGUGCUGGGAGUUUUAUAAACUGAAUUUAUAUCUUUCUUAAAGAAAGUUUCAACGUAUUAGGGCACUAUAUACACAAAAGUCAUCUUCGGUGUUUUUAUUGUUGCUUUAACAAUUAUAAGAGUUGUGCAGACAAAGGGAGUGAUGGGACACAAGUGGGGUUAUAUGAGUAAUUGGUGUAUUUUGAUUAUUACCUUUUUCAAGUUACUCUAAGAGUCUGAUCGAGGAUUGUUAGCUAUCAAUCAAAUUCAGGCAUAGGCAGGCAGACUUCGUAAAAUCAAAUAGCUGCGUACGUGAAGAAAAUCAAAAUGCUAGUUCACUUUAUGUUUUAUGUAGAAAAACUUAUGAUAACAUUGGGGUCAACAUGCCACUGGGGCAUGUUCUUUUCGAGUUAAUAUGGAAGAGCUCUGCACUACUAAUCUCUAUUUGAGUUUAAAUUGCAUUUAGACUACACUAAAGUGCAGCUGUGGUCGUAUGGCUAUAUACUUGUAUAGAGAACGUUUGAGUUUAACCACUUUCAGUGUAAUCAGUAUUCAGUAUAAUUUCUAAGGCCUAAAACAUACGAAGAAAUAUAUCUAAGUCUAUAUAUAGUUGCCUAAUAAUAAAAUAAUUAAGAAGUCUAGACUUGCCCGCAAAUUGACACAAGAAAGUGCAAAAUAUUAUAUUAUAAAAAUACAUCAUAUACAAAUUAACAACUUUUGCUCUUUACGGUUUUUCGCUACUACUUUUUAAAGCAUUUGUUUCUACAAGUAUAUAUGUAUAUGUAUUUAUAUAAACAUUUGUAUGGAAUAACGCAUGCGAUGCGAUCUCUGUGGGUGGCUUUUGUGGUUUUGGUGACAUUGAAUAGUUUUCUAAUAUUACCGACUCAUUUUCCCGACUGCAUAUUCAAGUGCUUUGAAACGCAAUUUGCGCUACACGAAGGGGGGCACUAAAUGGGGUUGCAGUGAUAUAUGGAUGUAUAUUAAUAUUUAAAUCUACAUAUAUGUAAUUUUUUGCUUGUCUUUGUUAUUUGUAUUAUAUAGCGCAUUUUUAAACAUCCCUUAAGAAAGUGAACUAGCUACACAACAUUAGGGGUGUGCGAGUUAAAUAAAAAUAAAAGACAUUGUAUGAAAUACUAGCUAAAAUAGCGGUUAGCUGAUUUGGCAGUGGGUUCAGGCUGAAAAUUUGUAAUAAAUUUAUUUGUAAUGAUUAUAGUUUUAGAAGUGGAGAUAGUAGAAUUUCGGGAUUCCGAUACAUGCGAUUUAACUUUUGGUUUUUGACUACAAAAAUUUCGGCGAGAUCAAAAUUUUUAAAAACUGUUAAACUAUAUUCGUUCUAUAGAGGUUUUGGGCAGAUGUGCAUUGAUUUUCGUAAUUUUUUGCCACGCAAAGCUUUUCAUUACCUUUCCGUUCUCACACAAAAUAUUUUUUUUCUUUCUUUUUUAUUUUAAAAAAUUCCAUUGCAACUCGCACCAAUGUAUAUUUCAUUUCUUAAAUUUCACUUACUUUCGCGCCGUAAAUUCUUCGCCAGCAAAAACUUUAUAAUUUUUUGUAGUUUUCGCAAUUUAAUUCAAUACAUCCCUUGAUAACGGCAACCCCAUAAGCAUAAAGCGCACAACUCAGCUGGACUUCGUCGCCCCAAUAGCAAUUAUUUUUGCUUUCAGACGAUAUCAAUAGUACAAUGGAGGGAUAUUAAGGCAGUAAUGUGGAUAUACAUAUAUUAAUUUAUAUAUGUAUAUAUGUAUUUUUAUAUGUAAGAGUAGCUGCGUGAAUAUACAUACGUAUGUAUAUUUUUCAUGUGUGUUUGCUUCUUAGUCCACUAUGAGGCGUUACAUAGUACCGGUAGUGAAAUGAUCGAUAAAGGUUAUAAUUUCUAUUACAUAUAAUACCGUUAUUUCUAUUUGUGUACGCAACCAUACAGGCACAUACAUUUACACAUUUCGCUUUUUGUAACCAUUUUCCAUUGUUUUUCUUUUUCAUUCAAAUACAUUUGUACUCACCUUCGGCGCCAGCACGCACUUUGUCGCCAUUGCCACUGUAUUUUUCCGGAUUUACUCUCUUCGUAUUCUCACCUUCUGCCAGUGAAAUUAAAUUACUGCUGAAAGCAUUGAGUAGUUCUUCAAUUGUUUUAGAAGCAUUCUAUGAAAAAAUCAACAAAAAAAUAUUUCGUACUUCACUACAACGAAAAAAUCAAACUUAGAAAUCUUAAAUCUAUAUUUUUCAAUCAACUAAAAAUUCUUUUUUACACAAAGAGCGUAAAAAUAUACAAAUUUUCCAAUAGGAAACGCGCAACGCCGAAACCAAAAUCGUCUGCAGUUAAUUGCCAGUGAAAUAAAAAUAGAAAAAAAUACAAAAAAAAAACAUUACUCUGGUAAUAACGAAAGUGUAACCAACACCAGCAACAACAAAAACAACAGUAAUCAGCAUAAAGCAACAACACCAGCAAAAACUGGCGAAGCGCUCAACAAGUGAUUGCUUGGCUUUAGUAAUUCGCUUUUGGCAUUUUAUUACGAAGCAAAACUUCGCUGUUUAAGGAAAUUUUGCGAGUUGAAAGGAAAAAGGCGUAUACCGUGCUAGACGUGCAUAGACCAGCGACAAGCUUGGUAAAAGUUCAUUUAAUUUUAAAGGGAGCAUAAGUCAGCGGACAAAAUGUCGGAAUCAGUUUGUCACAAAUGCAACGAAAUCAUCACGAAACGCAUCAUAACCGCGCUUGGCAAGACCUGGCAUCCGGAACAUUUUGCCUGCAAGGACUGCAACACACCCAUCGAGGAGGCCACAUUUAAUAUACAGGAUGGUGAGCCAGUGUGCUCCAAAUGUUUUCUGAAAAACUACUCAGGCACAUGUCACGGCUGUAAGCAACCCAUUUUGGAGCGCACAAUCAAGGCACUCGGCCAAACUUGGCACGAAGAUUGCUUCGUGUGUGGCGGACCAUGUCAGAAGCCGUUGGUGGGUACCUCAUUCUAUGAGCGCGAUGGACGCGCCUACUGUAAAACAGACUUUGAGGAAUUAUUUGCCGCACGAUGUGCCGGUUGCGCCAAGCCCAUAACAGAAAACGCGAUUGUGGCAUUAAACUCCAAAUGGCACAGGGACUGCUUCAAAUGCAAGAAAUGCGCCAACCCCAUCACGGCGAGCAUAUUCGCAGUCGAGGAGAACAAACCGGUGUGCACGGAGUGCUCAGCCUAGGAGUCAGCCGCGUAGAAGACAAUUGAAGUAAUAAAUAAUGUGAAUGCUAAGGACAAUGGAUAAAAAAGACAGUUAGAAAGCAAGGAGGAGAGAUACACUGAGAGAGAAAGAGCGCGUCAGAGAGCGCAAGCGUUUAAUUACCUGAAAAAAUCUAGUUUUAAAAGGCAACUCAAAUAACAAAAGGGAUAAAAGUGAAAUAAUACACAAUGCAAGCAACGAAAGCGAAGAAGAAUUAUUAUAUGCAAAAAUAGAAUUGAUUUUUUUCUAAUUGCUGCGCUACUAACCAGGAAUUAAGUAGAAUCUACGCAUAAGGACACAUUUGAAAUUCUUCAGAUAAUCAAAACUAUAAAUAUGUAUGUAUGUACUACAUCACACCCACACGCACCAGGAAACUCCACAUGCAUUCCACAACAUAAUCCACACCUCACCGAUCGCUGUACACAAUCUCACACACACUCAAACAUGUCGAGAAAUGUUCAACUGACGGACGGACAAAGUGAUUGCUGUGCGUCGUUUUCUUCGGGCUAGUCUUCCACACAGACUGCCUCACCAAAAGCCUUCUGGUAUUAAUAAUUAUGCAUAUGCAAUCCAACCUAAAAACCGGCUUGUUGUUGCUUUUUCUCACAAUAACUGCAGGCAAAUUUAUUCCAUAAGCUUCUAUUUGCGUUUGAUUCGUUUAAAGAAUUUCUUUUCUUCUACUUUUCUUCGUUCUUUUUUUUUGGAGAAAGAAAAAAAUUAUACUUAAUUGUUUUUUAUAUUCCUACGACUUUUUUUUACUAAAAAUCAUGUAAAUUGCAUUGGUUCGUGUAUUCCUAAGUGACAAAUUUAUCUUUUUGCAUUUUUGCGAUUUUUAUAUUCUUCGGAACAAAUUCUACUAAUCGGAACAAAAAAAAUUUAUUGAAAUUUAAAUUCGAAAGCUCUACUUUUUGGUAGUCUUAAUUAUCUAUAUAAAAUACGAUCACUUAAAUACUCGUCUCUCAAAAUUAGUAUUUUGAAAUUUGCCUCAAAACCAAUUUUACGGUUGAAAUAACUGUUAUGCAGCAACCUUGAGGUGAUUUAUGAGAAUAUUGAAUCACACUCGAAUUCAAAAAACAAAAACAAAACGCUAACGCAACAUUCCAGCCAUUUUGCAAAUAUUCAAAAACAAGCUAAGCUUUAUUAGUGAACUUGCAACAAAAAC